AUGGUUAAUAUCACCUCAGGCAUAACAACAACAAACAUGUUCGCGAUUAUUUUCCCAAGUCUUCUGAUUAGUUUUGCAUUCGUUCAUUCUAAUCCAAUUUCCGCAAGCAACAAAGUCGGCGACUGGAAUUCGGUUCACAAUGAUCUGGAGGAAAUCGAACGCGCUUUACUAAAACUUGGCACUAAGACAUCAGAUGGCGUUCUCAUUCCUAAUGCAUCGAUGAAUAAUUUUAUUAACCACAAGAAACCAAGGGUUCGUAAAAUCAAAACAAAACAUGUCCAUAAGCCUGCAGAACAAGAAGGACUGGAGUUCGAAUCCGAUAUGUCACUCUCACCGGAGGAAAAAGAGGAUCUGCAAGAAAUGGAAUCCAGGGGACGUUUCCGGAGAAAGGCGGUGGCCAAUGAAAUGAAGCUGUGGCCAAACGGGGUAGUUUAUUACGAGCUGUCAAGUGGACUAGACCAACAAGCCAUUACGAAUAUCAAAUCCGCCAUGAAGCUCUGGGAGGACGCCACUUGUUUGAGAUUCAGGGAAUACAGACGGCAAUCGGGGUCCUCGGAUAGGAUUAUAUUCGUUCGUUCACAAGGAUGCCAAUCUCCCAUCGGACGACGAGGUGGACCUCAAGAAAUAAUGAUCGGAGAAUACUGCAAAGAAUCGGUUGGAUCUAUUGCCCACGAAAUUGCACAUAGCUUUGGGUUUUAUCACGAACACUCUCGACCAGACAGAGACGAACAUGUGACGAUUUACAAGAAUAAUAUAAAGCAAGGUUUCGAGAUGGACUUCCAAAAAUUCGGUGUUCGAAGCAUAGAAGAUAUCGAGCCUUACGAUGUGUCGUCUGUUAUGCAUUAUGGUCCGACGUAUAUGAGUAAAGAUGGGCAGUCAAAAACAAUCGUGCCACGUAUUAAGAAUCUGAUGAACACAAUGGGUCAGCGAAAUGUACUAAGUUUUCUGGACAUUAAAACAGCCAACGAUCUAUACAAAUGUGCAGCAAGUUGUCCAGUACAACUGAACUGUAAAAACAAAGGCUAUGUUGGACCUAACUGCGCAUGCCUCUGUCCUCAAGGGCUGACCGGAAGGGACUGCUCAGAAGUUGUCCAGAGCAACACCAAUUGUGGAGGCGAGUUAACGGAGACCAGUGGGACCUUCACGUCCCCUAAUUAUCCCGGGGAUUACUCUCCGUAUGCGGAAUGUAUGUGGGUCAUCAAGGGACCCCCGGGAUCUAGAAUUUCACUCACAAUAGAGGACUUCAGGGUCGAAGAUGACGCCACGUGUUACUUUGACUGGUUGGAAGUGUUUCUAGGAGGACCUCACAUAGGGGGCGCUAGAUUUUGCGGUGAAAGACAAGGUGGUGUGAACAUGCCCCCGCGAACAAUGGAGUACCCUGGUAACACCCUGUUAGUCCGCCUGCACGCUGACGACUCCAACGAGUACACGGGUUUCCGGGCCAGAUACACCAUACAUACAUAGAGAUAUAUCAUGCACGAGAGAGUGUGCGAAUUGGACUGAAUUGCCUCGCGUUUCUAUUGGUGCCAAUUGAAAAAUGAUAAAGAUUAUACACAUCGUAUUUUUUUUUUUUUACAUGAAAAUAAUUCUUUCAAUAAUAAAUAUUAUUUAUGUUUCGUUUGUUAAGACAGCAAAUAAAUCCAUACAUAUAUGUA